UUCGCAGAAAUCUCUUUAGAAGAAAACCCACCAUCAUAUAGAAACAGUUUUGAGAGGGUCCAACACGGCGAAGAAUCUUAUCUUAGGACUGGAAAUGCUUGGAUUAUAUAAGAAGCUGAUUUAUCUGGCGGCGGUGGUGCUGACUGUCUGUGCGGUGGUGAGGUCAUCCCCAGUGGUGGGGCCCGAGCCCAUCCGCUGCGCUCCGUGUACGCAACAGACGCUGGACGACUGCCCCGCCGUCCCGUCGGACUGCAGGCAGGUGCUGAGGGAGCCUGGCUGUGGCUGCUGCAUGGCCUGUGCCCUGGAGAAGGGGGCUUCCUGUGGGGUCCACACGGCUCACUGCGCUGAGGGUCUCCGCUGCACUCCCAGGCCCGGCGAGGCCAGACCACUCCAUGCCCUGACCAGGGGACAGGGGGUCUGCACUGAGGAGGAAGGCCAUGAGGAAGCUGAUGAGGGUCAGGACCAUGGCUCCCUGCACCACUUGUUGGGAUUAAACUUUCAAUCUGACCUUCAAGACACUGCUGAGGGCCAAGAGAGCUUUAAAGCCAGAGUUAAUGCCAUCCGCAACAAACUAGUACAGCAGGGUCCCUGUCACAUUGAACUGCAUGCAGCCCUGGACAUGAUAGUCAGGUCUCAGCAGAAACUAGGAGACAAGUUCACAACUUUCUACCUCCCUAACUGUGACAAGCAUGGCUUCUACAAGGCCAAACAGUGUGAGUCGUCUCUGGUUGGACCGCCCGCUCGCUGCUGGUGCGUCUCGUCUUGGAAUGGAAAGAAGCUCCCAGGCUCAAGUGACCUUGUUGGAGAUGUAGAGUGCCAUCAAGAACUCACUCACUGAGAGACACAAUCAUGAAAGCACAAGUAAAGUAACUUCACUUUUUAGUUAAGUGUAUACAUCUACUCAGUCACAUAUUGAAUCAAAGCUGUAAAGUCAGCAUUGGGAGAAAUGUUCUAUCUUAUUUUCAUGAUGUAUGUAUCAAAGUUUUAUUUAUUCUCUGCAUGCAUUUUGUUACUCACAUUAACUAUUUCAUUUUUAGAUUUUUUUUCUCUUUUUUUCCAGUUGUAAAUAGGGCAAAACUGUGUACAUUUGUGUUUCUGGCUAAAUAACUCCACUGCUCUAAACCACAGGCCUGCAGCUCCGUCAAGCCCAUUUCUGAGUGUUCAGGAUUUUUUUUUUGCUUUGUAAUUCAUUCAAAACCUGAGCUGUUCAUGGUAUGAAAUAACACAGCCGCUUAUUCAUUCAACCUGUUGACAUUGUCUGAAUGUAUCUCCAUUUCCUCAGUGGGCUUUUGGGGAAAUACUUAAAAUGCCACAAAUAUGUGAGCUGUGGCUGAGCACAAACAUAUCAGGGCUCAUCCAAGCCGCCAUGGGGUUUGGGAAGGGUUGGUCAGCAUUUGUCUACCUCUGCUACUCUCUGCCAGUCCACUGGUUCAGCAGAGUGCUCCUCCUUCUCUUUCUCAUCAUUUGCCUUUUUGAUCUGUUCUGGCAUCUAUUCUUCUAUUUAUUUGUUUUGACUGUUUAUUGAUGAGGUUCCACAGACGUCCCGGAUUCUUAGACUGUCAUUUAUGUGGAAUAUUGCAUUAAUGGUUUCAUUGAAGAGAUGUACAUAAAUAUAAUAUGUGGAUUGUGUGUGAUUAAAAUGUUACUCUCCAUCCUGAUGAAGUUGUGAUUUUAUUAUCUGAUUGGUUACUCUUAUUGUCA